ACAUUUUCCAUCUAUAAAUUGAUAUAUUGCUCCUCCAAUAAGAAGUGACUUGGAGCAAAGCAUAAACAAAUCCACAUUUUGUCGGCGAUGGACAACAAACUGAAAAUAUUAAUAUCUGGCGACGUGGGAGGAAGAUUUAACAAAUUAUUCGAUCGAGUCAAUGCAAUCGCCAAAAAGUCCGGCCAAUUUGAUUUCUUGUUUUGCGUUGGUGAUUUCUUCGGCGACAACAAUGAGGAGCUGGAGGACUACAAAAGUGGUGCCAAGAAAGUUCCUCUGGCGACAUACAUCUUGGGAUCGACACAAGAGAGACAUCUUCCCUUGUUUGAAGAUGCGGUGAAUGGCGAGAUCUGCCCGAAUAUUACUUAUUUGGGCAAAUCGGGGAUAUAUGUGACAUCCUCUGGGAUGAAAGUCGCCUACGUGAGUGGCAAGGAAGCCGAGAAGUCCUCGAGUGUCGCCUUCGCCGCGAACGACACGAAAUCCGUGAAGAUGUCCUGUCUGGCGAGUAAGUCUUCCGGAGAUUACAGAGGAAUAGACAUCCUGCUCACGUCUCAGUGGUCACACGGGAUAGAUGGCAGCGAAGAGUCCUCCAAACUCCUGUCACUCUUGACAAUGGACAUCCGGCCGCGGUAUCACUUCUGUGCCCUUAAAGACAUUCACUGCGAGAAGCCUCCUUUCCGGAAUCCCGCCGACUCAAACUCUCAACUGGAUUUGGCCACGAGAUUCAUCUCCCUGGCCUCAGUGGGCAACACCCAGAAGCUGAAGUACAUCUACGCCCUCAGUCUGACUCCCGUAGACAAGAUGAGACUCACUGACCUUCUACAGAGAACAGUGGAUGAGAUUGAGUGCCCAUACUUGGCAGUUCCGGGAAUGCUUGGCAUCACCACUUCGCAGGUGGAAGAGAAGUCCGCGCAGUACUUUUACGACAUGGACACGGAGCGUCACCAGGGCAAGAGAUUCUCCCAAGACGGCUCUGGGCGACCGAAGAAGAGACCCCGACAGGAGUUCAGCCAGGAGAAGUGCUGGUUCUGCCUCUCGUCGGCGAAUGUCGAGAAGCACUUGAUAGUCGCCAUUGGAGAGUCAUUCUACAUAGCCUUGGCCAAGGGUCCCCUCAACGAGCAGCACGUCCUCAUCAUCUCCAUCUCGCACGUCCAGAGCGUCUCAUUGCUGCCAGAGGAAGACUUCGCUGAGUUGCAGCGCUUCAGAGACGCUCUGGUGGCCUUCUUCAAGUCCCAAGACAAGGCGGUGUGCUUCUUCGAGAGGAACUACAAGAGCAGCCACUUGCAAGUGAAUGCCGUGCCCAUUGACGCUUCCAGCGCUUGGCAACUCAAUGACGCCUUCGAGUACAGCGCAGAGAUGUACAAACUCGAUUUCGAGAAGCUUCCCAAACUCUCCAGCGCCUCUCAACUGCCCUCCGGGCCGUACUUCGUGGCAGAACUGCCAGACGAGAUGACCCUGCUGACGCGGCAGAUGAAGAACUUUCCCAUCCACUUCGGCCGGGAAGUGCUUUGCAGUGAAAAUCUGCUGAACUGCGACGAUAAGAUCGACUGGAAGGAGUGCCAGCUGGAUGUGGAGAGUGAGAAAGAAAUUGUACAGCGAUUCAAGGAGGAAUUCAAACCCUUCGACUUUACAGUAUAA